ACAUUUGGAAUAAUUCAGCUCUUAACUUUGAAGUAGCUAGAAUGUUAAAUGAGGGAACUUAUCAAUCUACUAUUAUUGUACCAUUUAUUCAAGCUGUACUAAAAAAUCUUCCCUUUAGAUUUUCAUUUAUUAGCACAUCAGAAAGAGAAAGUAUUGUGAGUGCAGAUAGAAAAGGAGACGGUCAAGUGGGAAGACAUCCAGAUAUCAUGUUAAUGGUGGAACAUUUGGAUGUGCUCUUCGAAAUUAUGUAUGUCAAAUGCUCGAGGUUGGUUUGUAUGUCUCAAAAAAUGGUGGAUGAUGAUAUAAAGUUAUGGAGAGAGUGUAGCAAUAGUAUGUAUUAUACACAAAAAACUCUUCAUCCAGAGAAAGAUCAAUUUGGAAUUGUUGGGAUACAAAUAGCAGAAGAUACUUUACAUCUGAAU